AUGGAAAUUAUCAAUUUCCUUUUGUUGCUGUCAGGCAUUCUAAUUUUAUUAAGUAUUGUACACGCAAAACCCAAACAUUUGCAGUGUAAAUUUCCUGCUCAAUGGCAGAGUAAGGUGUUCUUUGAUUUUGAUAUGAUGUUGGUGGCUCGGAAUCAGAUAAUUGCUACCGGGAUGUUUUAUUAUGACUUUACCAACCAGCAGAUGAGAUUUGAUUUCUCCGGAACAGAGCUUGCUGACAAUACUUUAGUAGACUUUACCCUCAUAUGGAAGUUCAACGAGCCUGCAUUUUACACUGUUGACAACUCUGAUAACAGUUGUGAGAGAGAAGAAGGAAUCAGUACCUUCUGGAAUCAGUGGGAAGGUAUACCAGCUGACGCUUUACCAGAAUAUUUCGGAGGCAUAGGUGGGUUUAAGGAAAUUGUAGGACAGUACCAAUGGACGAGAAGAAAUGCAGGGCCGAUGGGGAAUUUAGCAAUAUCUAUGGAUGUUAGAGUUGGUAAAGUCUGCCCCCCAGUUCGCUUAAACAUGCGAGACUUAAGUAAGAUUUCGUAUGGGUCAUUUGCCUUUAACUACGAGUUUUUGGACAACGCCGAUAUAAAGAGCCCGGAUGUAUUCAUACUUCCUCACAACUGCCACAACAACACAAUACCGAGAAAACAUAACAGACUGGCUUCCAUAUCGAGAGAGAUUGGUCUGUUUAUAGGAUAA